AUGAUGUUGCAGCGGUUGACACUAUUGACGCUGUUUGUUCAUAGCAGUUUAGCUUUAGCGCUAUAUGAUGAUAUCAAUGGUAUGUAGUGUUAUCACAUUAUAAAGCACUGUAAAGCACUGUAAGGCACUGAAUGGCACAGCUUAAUUGGCCCUGAAUCUCUUUCUUAUUUUGGCACUGACACUGUAUUUCGAAAGUGCACUGCUCGUAAAGCCAACCAGAAUUGAGUUAUUUUUUCAUAUAUAUUAUCAGGGGAAGUGAUUGGGACUGGAGUUUAUUUUCAGCAGUAUGCAGAUGUCUGCUGGUAAUUUGCGUAUACAUUUAUGGUAAUAUUUCCAUCGAGUAUAUCUCAAGUUCACCUCAACCGCACAUUCAUGCAGUAGUAUUUCUUCAGCCAGUACUCCGGUUUCCUCUUGCUGUGGAAUGUUUACCUCUAUACAUGUAGGGAGAGCUUUUGUCAGGCCUGAUAGAGCAUUAGUUUUCUUUGCUUAACGGAAUGAUCUAGUACGAGGGAGCAGUAGCCUAGAAAUAAGAGUGAAGCUUGGUUGCCAAAUAUUUUCUCAUUCUAAGUGAUUUCAUUUCCAUUUUAUUGAUUUUUGAAGGAGUGUUUCCGAGAUGGAGAGCACCCCUUUUUAGCGUAAAUAUCCACAAAUUCUCAGUAAAAACACCGUGAAUGAUAAAAUGUGAUUGCGAACGGAUGGUCUUCGGUCAUUACAAAAUUCAUAUUCACCUAAGUACACAACACCGACACAGAAGAAAUCAUAUUACUAGAUUACAUUGGCAUCGAAGGAACUAGAUUCUGUUCCAAAAUAUCACUUACUCGAACCGACCUGACCGCGUAGCUCAGUUGGCAGAACAUUGGGCUAGUAUUCCAAAGGUCGUAGGUUCGAUUCCCGCCGUGGUCGGGCAUAUUUUUCAAGUUCGCUCAGUAUGGAUAUACACUCAGAGUAACAUAAUUUACUCACACAGUGUGUUCUUUCAGAUCAUCGUCGUUGGCGACGUGGAGGACCAUCUAUACCAACUACUGGAGUACCUAAAAUAGAUGAUAGUAAAGGUAUAUUAAUACUCAAUAUUAAGAUAAUGUCUGGAAGCUUUACAUAUUUUAUAGUGUCUAUACACAUCCGGAAAUUGCACAGAAGAGUGCAUGGUCAUGCCGCUGAGCAAUCAUUGCACGACGCUGUGUGCUCAGUCAACAAUUUUCCCGCGCUUUUUGUUUUGCUUUAUUUCGACUUGUGGCAAAAUUGGCUCAAAUUGUAAGUUUAAAUAAUUCCUAAUUAUGCUUACACCACCUUUUUUGGGCUUUUGUCUCGUUCUUAAUCUCGAAAUUCUAGCUCAAUAAAUAAAAAACUUUGCCGACCAUGUAUAUCGAAAUAAUUUAACAGUAUCCUUCAUUAAUAUUCAGUAAACGCUAGCAUGCAUUGUGCGGAAUAGGAUGAAUUUGUGGCUGGAAUUUCAAACUGCUUUUUUAUGUUGAACGACUUCACCACGAGAACAUCAUUUGGUCUAAAUAUUUUGGUCUAAAUAUUUUGCUGAUGGAUAGUGCGAUAUAAUAUACUUGACAGGAUACCAUUGGGAAAUGUCAAUUUCCCACAAUAACAAAAAAGCUCUACAGGAUGUAUAAAAUGUGCACUAUUCUAAAAUGCACACUAAUUUGAAAAUCCGCCAAAUUUUUGACAACUUUAUGUUAGUAUGGGUAGUUUGAGGUCUUCUGGUAUCUCUAUAUUUAUAUCACCAAAUUAUUCUGAAGUAUAUAUAUUUUGGAAUGCAGCCGGGUUACUAUUUUUUAAAACGAAUUUAAAAAUGGCUUGCACACAAAAAUGGUAAGUUAAAACGCAAUUUGAAUUCAUAUGGUGCAAAUUUAGAAGUAGUUUCAAAUUUUCUUGCUAUAGUAGUCUUUCACGCAUAAUUUUUAAACUCUUUGUAAAGAGUAGCUAUGUAAGAAAUCAAUCACAAGUGCAUAGAAUCAGUCAUGCGUGUGACAAAUCAUAUGCGCGAAAGGCUACUGUCGCGAAAAUCGUCUUUAAUCGCAAAUUAUCUUUAUGAAAGUGGUUUUGGAAAACAGCCCUGCCGCACUCCAAAAAUUUACUUUUACUUUUCAGAACCAUUUGGUGAUGUAGAGAUAUCACAAGACUCCAAACUACCCAUAUACUAACAUAAUGUUGUCACAAAUGUUGAAUUUUUAGUUUAGUGGAAAUAUUGGAACUGUGCACUUUUUUUGAUACACCCUAUAAUCAUAGUUAAAAACUAUACUAAAUAUGUCAUUUUUCUCUUCAGUUUUUCCAGAUGGAUGUGGUUGCAAAGGUUAUAUUUUACCAUUUUCUAUAUAUGCUAAACCAGGUGAACAGACGGUACAGGUCACGUUGCCAGAACCAGAAGUGAUAUGCAGUAAUUAUGUGAAGAAGUCAGUUAAUCCACCUAGUAAUUCUAAGUUUAAACUGGGUCGACAUGCAAUUACUUAUUCGUAUUGGUACGAAGGUUACAAGCGAGAUUUGAAGUGUUUUGUCAAUUUCACUGUUGCUGGUAAGUGAACGUUAAUAUACAUGAAAAUAUUUCUCAAUUCUGAUUGCUUAGUAGUGCAAGUUUAUACUGUAAAACAGUACGUGCCAAAAAAUGCGGUUCAAAGCCAAAACACGUAAUUCUGUGCCAAAAAAGCCCUUUUAACCUUUUUGUAAGUUGUAUAACAAGUAUAUCUUAAUUCACCAAUGGACGAAAACGGUUUUCUUGGAAUAUUUCUGAUUCUAAACCCUAACUGAUUUCAUUCCGUAUACUUUGCCAUUUGAAAAAAUCACGUACAUCGCAGUGGUGACCUCAAAUUGCAGUAGUCCUUUUACUGCAUGCUUCAUAGCUUUAGAAUUUAUAAUCACUCUUGCAUGUUUUUCAAACUUGCCCUCGGAAUUACGCAAUUACUUUCAUUAAUAUAUACGUAUCAUAUAGUAUACUCUCAAAUGUUUCUGAAACCUCAAAACAUCAGAUUGAUUUUCAAAAUCUUUUCAAUUAAUCAACUUUUCAUGUGGUCAAAACUAAAUUCAUGUUUUCCACAAAGAAAAACAAAUUUGAGGCCAUCAAAAACAUUGAGGCCAUCUUCUACUUAUAAUAUAUAGUUAAUCUCACUUAUACCUUUAAAAUCGGACUCAUUUUUUAUGCUGGAAGUCAGAAUGUUUUAUAAUAAGUAUGGACGUAGGGAUAGGAGUGUGUGAAAGGAAUGACCCCCCCCCCCCGCCAUGCACCCAACAUUUGCAUGUUGAUGAGUAAUUUCUGGCAAAUUUAGAGGAUGACUUGAGUUGAUUUUUAGGUAAAAUAUACGAACAUUGACAGGCACGUAGAAGUUAAAAGUCAGUGAACGCAAGUUAAGAAUUGAAAAUUUUAGUUGCAUUUCCUGGCUUUUUGAGGUUCAAAAUAUUCAAAUUUCAUCCUCGAUUCCCCGCAGAUUUAUUCCCGUAUUAUAUUAUGCCAAGUUAUUAUUUCGAAAAAAACACCUGCCACUCGAAUGUACCCAUGAAGAAACCACACUAAAUUUCAAACACUGCUUUAACGUAACGUAAAACGUGCCUUGAUGAUCAUUUUGCAAAGUGACUAAUUAUGAACUAAGAUGUAAUAAUUUAUAUAAAGUUAAACAUUAUCGUUGUUGCACUGAACGAUUCAAGAACUCCUUCUUUCCACAAAGAAUUAUAAAACAAUAAUUAACUUUCCUUUUUAUCUUACAUAGUUACAACUAUAUAUCACUGACUUUUCUUGUAAAUAGUAUUCUAUUUUAUCGAUUAAUAAUUCCAUGUAAAUUUCUAACGCAAUUUAACCUUCGGGUAACAAUGUCAGAUUUUUUAAUCAAUAAUAAUGAUAAUUUAAAAAAUCAAGUAAUUCGGCCUUAUAUAUGCUCGUGCCCCUACCCACUCGCAACGACAAAGUCUUCGCUACACCACUGAUAAUGUGUGGUGAUUAUUGAAGAUGUCAAAUUUGUUUAGGAAUCGAAUCCUGAAAUUUUUAAAAUGGCGGUUUCACUGUUAAUAAAUACUGACCUGUUACUAUUUUAUCUGAAACGAUUGCUCCGUACGUAAUUCACGCGACCAUGAGCGAAAACUGUUAUAAUAGAGCUGUUAUAAUUAUUUUAAUUUCUUCAUAUUUAGCUUGCGAAUGUCCCAGUACUCGAACAGUGAAAGCCACAGUCAAGCCUGGUGAAACUGAAGCCUCUGUCAGCUGGCGGGAACCUGAACCUACUUGCCCGACUAAUCCAAGCGCACAGAAUCCGCAAAAUACCCGUGAACGGUUUUCUAUCGGCAAACACACGGUCACGUACAAAUACACUCACAUCGGGUUCCGAAUGUUUGAUGUAAAAUGUCAUGUGAACAUCGCUGUCACAGGUAUGCUAGUACAUGCGUAA